AUGCUGCUGGCUCUCUGCACUCUGCUCUGCGUCUCUGCACUGAUCCAGUGUUCAGUGUUCCUGGACCAGCCGGCGGCGGCUCACGUCCUUGGCUCAACCUCCAGGAGGCGGAGAGCCAACUCUUUCUUCCUGGAGGAGAUGUUACCUGGAGACCUGGAGAGGGAGUGUCAGGAGGAGGUCUGCUCGCAGGAGGAGGCGGCCGAGAUCUUCCAGUCCACCGAGAAGACGUUGGAGUUCUGGUACAAAUACACAAAUCUGAACCCCUGUCGGACCAACCCCUGUCGGAACGGAGGGAUGUGCACUCUGGACCGAGGACACUUCCUGUGUCUCUGUUCCCCGCAGUACCACGGAAAGACCUGCGACUCAGUGGUGUUGGAGUGUCGCUAUAGAAACGGCGGCUGUGUGCAGUUCUGCAGAGACCUGCCGGGCGGAGUCGGAGUUCAGUGUGGCUGCGCUGAUGGAUUCAAGCUGGAGCUGGACGGACAAAGCUGCUCCAAGAGAGUGUUGUUCCCGUGCGGUCGACAGCACAGAGACUUGUUGUCUUACACAAGGCGCUCUGAGGAGUUCAACUUCACCACCACAUUGGACCACAACAGCACCGACAGCUGGGAGCCGAGACUGAACUUCACGGAGACAGAGGAGGAGCUGAUGACUGUGAACACAACGUCUGGACAGGGAGGGCGAAACGAGACGGAGCUGAGGGAGGAGGGGGUGACUUCUCGUAUCGUGGGGGGGAACCUGGAGAAACCAGGAGGGAGUCCCUGGCAGGUUCUGCUCCGCAGGUCUGAUGGUUACGGUUUCUGUGGAGGGACUCUGGUCUCUGAUCGUUGGGUGGUCUCUGCUGCACACUGCCUCGAGGAGACCGUGCAUCACGUCACUAUAGGUGAUAUUGAUAAGCGGCGUCCUGAUCGAGGUGAGCAGCUGAUAAAGGUGCAGAAGGUUUUCGUCCAUCCUCACUUUCACUCAUUCACAUUCGACAGCGACAUCGCUCUGCUCUACCUCGCCUGGCCCGUCGCCAGGAGCCCCACCGCUGCCCCCGCCUGCCUCCCCGACCACCACCUGUCCUCAUACCUGCUGCAGGAGGAUAACCGCGGUAUGGUAACGGGCUGGGGGCUAACUCGCCACCUGGGCAGGUCGUCCCGCUUCCUCAGGAAGGUGACACUACCCGUGGUCAGCUACAGAGAUUGCACCGCCUCCACUGAACAGGUGAUCACAGACAACAUGUUCUGUGCAGGUUACCUGGACGUCAGCAUGGACGCCUGCAGCGGGGACAGCGGAGGACCCUUUGUGGUGAACUACAGAGGCACCUGGUUCCUGACUGGAGUGGUCAGCUGGGGGGAGAGAUGUGCUGCCAAGGGCAAGUACGGAGUUUACACCAGACUGGGGAACUUCCUGAACUGGAUCAGAGACACCAUGGAGAGACUGGACCUCAACGGCACAGAGAGCUGAGAACCAGUUUACACUUUAGAGCUAAAAGCAAAACGAGCCAAACGAACACAUUCCCAGUUUAACAGGAGACGUCGAUGUGUCAGGUAGCUGUGAUCUGAUUAGCUGUUCGGAGGCACCUGCAUGUUUCACACCUGAGCUGUAGUGGAUAUCAGUGUUUCCCGCAAGUUCAUAAACUAGUUCCAGCAACCGUAUAUUAGGGCCAUUGUUGGUAAAAAAUAAAUAAAUUACAAAACUGGGGGAGGGAGGUAAUAUUCUGUUAGAAAACUCUGAAUUUAGGAGAAGAAAACGUUCUCUGAGAUUAAAGUGGUAAAUUCACGAAAUGUUCUCAAUAUCUGUAAAAAAGAGAAAACAUUUUUGUAAAAAUGUUCUUGUGAAUACAUUUGAAAAAAAAUUCUUGACGGACAUUGUUGGUUGAAAUCUAUUAGUACGAGUUUACAGGGAGUAUUUUAGUUUUUCUUCUAUAUUGCGAUAUUGACCCUGAUACAUCGUAAGCUCUUCUCUGAUUUCUGUUUUUGUUCACGUUUUAGGUUCGUUAAGUCUUACAUUUCUACACUGAUUGUUAUCAGAAUGAUAAUUUGUUGUAUUUUACAGUUAAAGUAGAACGUCUGUAAAAGAAUGUAAAAUACAGAAACUUGUUUAUUUCAGUUCAUUAAUAAAAAUGUUCAUAUAAUUCAUACAUAGGAGUAUAAAAUAAAAUGACAUAAUGUAUAAGAUACAUUUCAGUGC